AUGUCGAAACCCUACAUCGUGCUCGUGCCGGGAUCAUUCGGGCUCCCGGUCUUCUAUGCAGACAACGUCAGCACUCUGAUUGCAAAAGGCUAUUAUAUCGACGUUAUCCACCUGCCUAGUAUUGGGCUAUCCACACUUCAAGGCCGUCCAGGGCCACCAGCGACCAUGAACGACGAUGCCACUUUUAUUGCCGAGAAAGUCGAGAGGUUAGCAGACGAAGGCAAAGACGUGGUGCUUAUUGGGCACUCUUAUGGUGGAGUGCCAAUGACCCAAAGUGUCAAAGGACUGAGCAAGGAGGAGAGAACUAAGCAAGGAAAAGCAGGGGGACUAGUGAGGAUGGGCUAUCUGACUUGUCUAGUGCCAGAAGUUGGUAAGGCGGCCAAAGACGUUCUAGGCGAGGCCCCUCCAGAGCAGACAAUACCAUUGAGCAUAAGUGAAGACGGAUGGAUGCACCAUGAACAUCCGGAGACAACAGCACGAAUCACACUCAGCUCCAUGUCGGUUGAGGAAGGGGCGGAAUGGAUCAGGAAGAUGCCUAAGCAUUCGGCAAUUAGUUUCAUCGGCGAGCUGACCUAUCCGGGAUACAAGGAUGUGCCGAUUAGCUAUUUGUUGUGUGAGGAUGAUCUCUGCAUUCCGCGAGACGUGCAGCAAGCUGGAAUCGAUGUGAUAGAGCGAGCAAGUGGGAAGAAAGUUGAUGUUACGAGCAUCAAAGCUGACCAUUGUCCAAACGUGACUGCGCCACAGGCAGUGGUUGACUGGGUUGUGAAUGUUGUCGAGAGAGCAAGUGCUGGACAUUCAUAG